AUAUAAGGCGCAGAUUUCAAGUCGGGCGGUUCUGCUCAUGACGACUCUUGCCCCAAACAGCGUGUACCAAACUUUGUUUACUGGACAAAAUCAAGGUGGUGACGUCCUCAUGAACUUGGACAUCUCUAAUGCUCACGAAAAUCAAGGAACAGACUCAUACGUCCAACAAGUUUGUUCCGUUGUUAUCAGUCAGGAAAAUCCAAUUACAUCGGAAGUACCUAAUGAACUGAAGGGAUCGGAAUCUAUUUCUGGUGGUCAUUUUGAAUGUAAUUAUUGUCACAAGAACUGCUUUUCGGAAUCCAACCUUCAACUUCAUUUGGAUGUCGCUCAUCGAGGUUUACGUCGUUUUCAGUGUAACUUUUGCGGCAAAACUUAUACUAAAGGUUUCCUUCUGAAAGCUCAUGUGAAAAGUGUUCAUGAAAAUAUUCGUGAUGUGACAUGCACCAUUUGUCAGAAGGCUUUCUCUAAACGAUCCGUUAUGCGCAGACAUAUGAAAUCAGUUCAUGCAGAAAAAAAAGAUUUCCAUUGCAACCUAUGUCAAAAACAGUUUACGGAGAAGAAAAAUCUUCAAAUGCAUAUAAAUGCAUUACAUAAAGGUCUUCGACCGCAUCAGUGUGAUGAUUGCCUAAAAGAAUUCGCUCGGAAGUGUGACCUAUUAAGACACUCGAAUUCAGUGCAUCGAGAUUCAAAACCUUACAUGUGUCCGCUAUGUAACAAAGGAUUUCCACAAAAAUGGUACUUUGAGCGUCAUGUGGCUUCUGUGCAUAAAAAAACUCCAUUUCCAAUAUCCUUUAUGGUCCCACGUCAACAGACACAACAACAAACUCAACAGCAACAUCAAACAUUACAAACACAACAAGAGCAACAGGCGCUGCAAGAUAUGCUUCAACAUCAACAGGAACAACAACAACAACAGCAACAACAUCAACUAAUUCAUCAUCAGCAGCAACAACAACAACUCACAGUGCUGCAGACGCAGCCUCAUUCUCAACCAGUUAAUUUACCUAUGGGCACCAUAAUUGCAACACCUGGUUCUGUUCAAAAUGCAAUGCCUUCUGGCACACAAGUGAUGAUGGUCGCUCCUGGAGUAAAUAUGCCUAUGCCAGCAUUUUUCUUUCAACCACAACAAGCCACUCCUUUUGCAAAUACGAUUACUAUGAAUCCACACACAACAGUUCUUCCAACAAGUACUAAUUCACUAUUUCGUCCCAAUUGUGCUACAACCUCGGCCACAUUCAUCACCUCUCCAUUCGGCGUGAGUCAUAUUCCUGUGAAACCGAUCACUCUAAAUCAAACGCAGAUUGCUGUUUCUGCUUCUUCAACUGCAUCACCUUCAAGACCAUCGAAAGAAUAUCAGUGUGCAACCUGCUCAAAAGUGUAUCCUCGACGUCAAAGUCUACAAGCUCACAUAAUACAAGUACAUACAGGUAAUUCUUGAGUAUCUUGCUGAACGUCUGAUUUGCAAAAUAAAUUUCUUGUGUUUCAUCGUUACUUUUCAAGUCCUUUUGUGGUAUUCUUACUAUAAUUAUUACUAUUCAUUUAGUUCUGAAGCGGUUGUGUUUUCCUAUAUUUAAUGGUUAAUCACUUCACAGCCAUCAAGAUUAAUGGAAACUAGCUACAUCUUCCAAGGCCAUCUAACUUUAAUAAAACGUGGAUUAUUUAUUUUUAAACCAAAAAAUCCAAAGAUUUCUCCGUUUCAUUUGUUGAAAUGGGAGACUUCUCAUGCAGAUCUAAAUAGCUGCAUUUGUAUGUAACUCGUAAGUAUUCGCUCAAGUAAAAAUUAUACUCCUACACGGAUCUGCAUUUUCUGAAGUAUACUCGUCUGCAUAUUCAUUAAAGACGUGAUUAAAAGUAAUCUAUUUGAUGUAUGAUUCAUGUUUAUUCUCAUUCAGAAAUUUGCCACUCGACGUUUUAUAGGUUUUUUUUAACUGAGAAUAUGCGUAGUUAUGCUGAGAUAAAAUUUUACCUGUAUUCCUCUCAACAAUGAAAUUUUAAAAUAUAGACGUAAACUUUCUACUUAUUGAUGUGCUCAUAAUUCUCCGUUAUUAUACUGGAUCUAAUUGUUCGACCUCUAUUGGCAUAUGGGCUCCUAUGCGGAUGCCCCGAUACAGCAUGAAGGUUGAUUACGAUAAUAUGGUUGGUUGUGUCUAACAGAGAAAUCCAGGAUGUGUGUUUCGUCUCGUCAGCUGGAUGUACCUGCACUCCAGUAAGUGAUGUGCCUACUGAGACUAGUGGAUAACGCUCUGGUGUUUGAAGCGAUGGGUACGAGGUUUGAGUCUCAGUGGGAACAACUUCACUCAUUGGGGUGAAGGUAUAUCCAGCUAACGAGUUCCAAAUAAGACGAAAAACGCAUCCUGGAUUCCUCUUCUGAUCACAACCACGUGAAUUAUCAUAGGAGUAAACAGUUACAAGAGUUUAUACUUUUCAGUCUAAAGGUUUGUGGAGAUUUAUAAAGUGAUUUCAGGUUGGAGUUCAUCAUAGACUAACAUCAGUUAAAGGAACAUUGAAAACUUGAGAGUACUGGACGAAGGAAUAGAUCACUGAACGAAAUAUUUCCAGUAAAACUAAAUUCGUAAGUAUCAGGCAGACGGAUCAAAAAAUCAGGCUAUAUUGUGCAAUAAGGUACAUUCGAAUUGCCUAGGUUCCGAGGAGGGUUAGCGCAAACUUUCUGCUUCUAGCCCUAGAUAAUAUGAUUACCUGUGUCCUAAGUCGUAAGAUAUUAAUGUAUUUAUGAAAGGAAGACCUUUUAACUAUACUCUGAAAAAGGUCAUAAUUUUCAUUUUCCAUUCGGUACGUAAUCACUGAUAGUGAACACUUCUGUGUUAUUUAUGAUCUUUUUUGUUGCUACUUAGUAGUAUUUAAAAUGGUAAUGUUAACGUUAGGUUUUUUCUUUCAUUUCAGACAAAAAGCCGUAUGAGUGCAAUGUAUGUCAUAAGGGUUUCGUUCGUCGUUGGGAUUUUUAUCGUCAUGUUAAUUCUGUUCAUCAUGAUAAUGCAACAACUGCUAUUGGCAGUGAUAAAUUAGAAGAAUAUGUGGCAUGGAUGCGUGGACGUCGAUCAUCGCUAGAUAUCAGCUGGGAAUGCUUGAAUGCUGUUCGACCUGAUUUAACAAGAGUAAAGGCAGAAGGUCAUCCACAACCUGCACAGAUGACACAGAAACCAGAACAGAUGAAUCAUUACCUUAUAGGAUCAGAAGUUACAACUGUUGAUACUUCAGAUAUAAAUAAUUUAUGAUAAAUUGCCAACAAUUUUUACUUGUAUAUAGUUAUGUAAAUGUAUUUUCUCUUUUCUGCUUGUUACUUUCUCAAUAACACUGAUAACACCCUGAUUAAUUUUUCCUCCCCUCAACAGUUCUGUGUUUACUUUCUCUUUUAGGUGCAAUAGCCCUCCUGUGAUCAUGUACUGUUCUAUAAUACUAAUAAUAUUCACCAGGUGUUAAUGUACUCCUCUUAUCUUCAUACUUUUCAAAGAUCCCACUUUUCUAAACUGUCCGAUAUUCUUUAUUGUCAUGCAAAAAAAUCUUUUCAGUCUUAUUAGGAAUUCGAAAAUUUAGUAGCAGCAGUAAAAAGACUACUAUUUUUGAAACAUUGAGUUUUUUUUUCUUCUUUAGUGUUUUCUGUUUUGCUAUGGGCAUUCUUUGCAUCAGUCAUGUAGUUAUUAAUGUCAUUACUAUUUCAGUUUUCUUAUCAUAUUCAUCUUUACGAGUCGGAUCUCUUUUAUAAAACGUCUCGUAUUGUGACUAUACUACUUCUAAAUAACUUUAUAUCAUACAACCUAUGAUUGAAUUGAAUUUCAUUCAGUUUUUUUCAUAUUUGACAUUAUGUUUACUAUUGAAUUUCAGUAUACUACAGCAUUACUAUAUCAUGUCUGAAAAGAAUUCGUACAAAUUCAUGUGUUCAACUUUGUAUAGAUAUUCAUAUUCACAUUUUGACUAAUAUUAUCUUCUGCAUAUCAUUCUAAAACAAACUAAGCAUUCACUUACGUUUAUUGAAAGCAUUCGGUUUAUUACAAAUAGUGUGUCAUCUCCAAAACUUGAUCCCACUAGCCAUCUUACU